AUGUCUCAGAUUACAGUCAACGGAUCAAGACUUUUGGACGGAAAAUCAAAUUUCAACCUUUUAGCGAAUGACACUAUUCAGUCUCAAUAUAAUAAUAAUAACCACAAAUACGGCAAACUAUAUGAACUAGCUAUUAAGUUAUAUCUCAAUCGAAACUUCGAAAAAGCUUGGUCACUAAUCUCCCCGAUUGUUGAAAAUCUACCUGAAGCUCAUAAUGAUGGAACCGAGAUCGAGAGGCCGCUUCUCGUGAAAAUAUUCAAACUUUAUUUGUCGCUGAUUGAUUUGAAACUAAAAAGAGAGACGAGAGACUCUCAUGACUUCUUGAAUUCAGAAUAUUCCAAACGACUUCAGCAGGGAGUUUUAUUCAUACAAAUUCGAAAUAUCUACAAUGAAGAAUACGACCGCAUAGAUCCUGAAUUAUUACUGCUAUGCUUUAUAGUGGAGCUCUCAAACGGAUUUCCUUUGAUUGAACUAAGAGCCCAAUUGGAAUUAUACCUGACUUUCAAUGGUAUCCUUUCAAAUGAAACGAAACAAACAAUGAGAUCAUCAGGAAUGAUGAGAAUUGCAGAAUUUUACCUUCUUCAUAUCCUCCCAAAAUUUAAUGAGUUUAGGAGGUCUGAAAAGCUCAUAAAUCGGAUAUUUGCUGAGGAUGAUUACCGUAGGGACCACUGUCUUUCAAUACUGAAUCAAAUAGUAACCAGUUACAAGGCAGGCGACAAAAAAGUACCAUCAUCAACUGACUUUAAUGAGCAAAGGCUCAAGACUCGCAGAAGAAAACAUGGCAAGAGGAUUCAAGAACAUGUCGACGAUAAUUCUCCGAUGAUUGCAGAUGACAAUAAUGGAAUUUAUCGAUUUUUGAAGAAUGCACUGUCGACGCAUCAACUACGCGGUUUGAAGAAAGUUGUCAUUCGAGGAACCUUUUUGAUAUUUAUUCUAGGAAUCAUUAUAGGUUCAUGUCAAAUGUAUUCACGAAUUAGAGGUCGACUGUUGUGGUUUUUCAUGAAAGUCAGACAGACACUGGGGAUGGCACUGAAAAUCACUUAUAUAUAG